AUGGCGGCGAACUUGGUCUUAUCAGAAUGUGGUUUAAGACCUCUCCCCAGAAUCUACACCACACCCAGAUCCAAUUUCCUCUCUAACAACAACACUAAACCCAUCUUCAAACUCAAACCAUCACCUUCUCUCGCUUUCCGUUCAAAUUCACGAGAUGGGUUCACGAGGAACUGGGCGUUGAAUGUGAGCACACCUCUGAGAGUCGAGUCUCCGAUCGAGGAGGAAGAACACGAAACGCAGAGUUUCGAUCCAGCUGCUCCUCCUCCGUUCAAUCUGGCGGAUAUCAGAGCAGCUAUACCUAAGCAUUGCUGGGUUAAGAAUCCAUGGAAGUCGAUGAGUUACGUCGUGAGAGACGUCGCGAUCGUGUUCGCGUUGGCUGCUGGAGCUGCUUACCUCAACAAUUGGAUUGUUUGGCCUCUCUAUUGGCUCGCUCAAGGAACCAUGUUCUGGGCUCUCUUUGUUCUUGGCCAUGACUGUGGACACGGAAGCUUCUCAAAUGAUCCGAGGUUGAACAGUGUGGUGGGUCAUCUUCUUCAUUCCUCAAUCCUGGUCCCUUACCAUGGCUGGAGAAUUAGUCACAGAACUCAUCACCAGAACCAUGGACAUGUUGAGAACGACGAAUCUUGGCAUCCUAUGUCUGAGAAAAUCUACAAGAGUUUGGACAGACCGACGAAAUUCUUUAGAUUUACACUGCCGCUUGUGAUGCUCGCAUACCCAUUCUACUUGUGGGCUCGAAGUCCGGGGAAAAAGGGUUCUCAUUACCAUCCGGACAGCGACUUGUUCCUCCCUAAAGAGAGAAAAGAUGUUCUCACUUCCACUGCUUGUUGGACUGCAAUGGCUGCUCUGCUUGUCUGUCUCAACUUCGUGAUGGGUCCAAUGCAAAUGCUCAAACUUUAUGCAAUUCCUUACUGGAUAAAUGUUAUGUGGUUGGACUUUGUGACUUACCUGCAUCACCAUGGUCAUGAAGAUAAGCUUCCUUGGUACCGUGGGAAGGAAUGGAGUUAUUUGAGAGGAGGACUUACAACAUUGGAUCGUGACUACGGAUUGAUCAACAACAUCCAUCACGACAUUGGAACUCAUGUCAUACAUCAUCUAUUCCCGCAGAUCCCACAUUAUCAUCUAGUAGAAGCAACAGAAGCAGCUAAACCAGUAUUAGGGAAGUAUUACAGGGAGCCAGAUAAGUCUGGACCUUUGCCAUUGCAUUUGCUGGAAAUUCUCGGAAAAAGUAUCAGAGCAGAUCAUUAUGUGAGCGAUGAAGGAGAUGUUGUAUACUAUGAAGCAGAUCCUAGUCUCUAUGGAGAGAUCAAGGUAAGAGCGGACUGA